AUGGCGUCCUUCUCCAAGCGUUGGCUUCGACCGGAGGUGUACCCGAUCUUCGUCGCGAUCGGCGGUGCGGUGAGUCUGUGCGGAUUCUUCUGCGCGCGACAGUUGUUGACGAGCCCGGGAUUCACCGCGGCGAAGUCCAAGCGCGCGGCGGGCCUGAACGAGGGCGACGCGUGGGUCAAGGAGGGGACGAAUUGGCGCGAACACCGCGUCCGACGCGCGCUUCGAUCGAUGUACGGUGGGAACCCGCAAAUUUUCACGGGCAUGAACGCCACGUACGGCGGUGGGCAACACUGA